AUAAGAUUUUAAGUUGGGAUAGGUUGCAUAUCGCGGCUGAGCUGGCAAUAUCUCCUAUCUCGCAUUUUUACGAUUUUGAGCUUUAUUGUGAUAUAGAUACAGAUGCACGUUCCGCAACCGUUAGUAAACAUCUCCUAUUGGCCAAAAAUCUCGUUUGUUUGAAAAUUUGGCCUUGAAAUUUCUCCUAUUAAAAUGCUGCCCAAAAACAGUAUUGCAAUAUCUCCUAUUACACAGUUGUAUUUGAGGCAAGUUGUUGUGUGUGUCGUGCUCCCGAAUUUUCCUAUUUUUGAAGCUAAUAGUGGCUUAGGCGAUAGGAGCUUUUGCCUCGAAAAAUAUCUAAGAAUAUUGUGCAAAUAGGAGGUUUUGUCAGAAUGACUUCACACGGCAAGAAAAUUUUAGCUAUGAUAACUACCAACCAAAAAUCCAAAAGUGAUAUUGAUAAUAAUGAAUUUAAUAAGACUGAUGAAUAAACCAAGAAUACUAAUGAUAAUAAAGAAAAUAAGACUUAUAAUGAAACUAACUGUGAUAAUAUUAACGUCAUUGAACCUACCGAAAGUACAAAAAAAAAUAAAAUUUGAUAUUGAAAAUCUACCGGUGGUGAUGCUAGAUGGACAGAAUGAGCUAGAGAAUUCUAAAGAAGAUAAUGAAGAAAACAAUCUUGUUUCCCUGUGCUUUGAUAGCCUGUUGGAGGAUAACGCUACAGUAUAGCUUGAAGAGGAAUCAUAUAUGUAUGAGUUAGAUGAAAAUGGUGUGCUGAUUAAUCAAACUCUGCUAAAUCCUUUGGAAAUAUCGAUCAAUUCAGAACUUGAACAAUCAACAAAUAAUCUAGAAAGAUCUGAAGUAAUGAAUGAUUUGCUUGAUAACAAUGAAACUGGCAGUGAAUCAGUGAGGAGUAGCUCACUAGAAAAAAACGAUGGAGUCGUAGAACAGAAUUACCAAUCAACCUAUGAUAAUGAAAAAGAUAACGAUUUAGACUACCAACCCGAAUCGGAAAUCAACAAUAAUAGUUCCGAUUCAGAGGAUUCGGAGAUGAUUGAUCGAACAGAAAAUGUCAAUUUAGAUGCAGAAAUUGGGAAUCAAGAAGAAAAUAAUAAGGCGCGUAAAAGAAGAUUAGUUGCCAAUUCGGAAGAGUGGAAAAGAAAUAAAAAUAAAAAACUAAGGCUAGAAGGAAAACCUUAUCUCGGUUUUAGCAAGAAGAAAGGAGAGAAAAUGAAGCAGGAUACUCAAAGGGUUGAACGAAGAUUGAAAGAAACAUGCAAAUCUACAAAAUGCAAAAAAAGUACUAAGAGAUUUUGUCAACAAUUUACAGAAGAAACACGACAAAAAUUUUUAGUAAAUUUUGGAACGAAACGGAUUGGGGUCAAAGAAAGGAGUCAAAGUGGAAAACACAUUGAAAAUAAAAAUAAAGCUAGGGAAGAAAAAAUCAAAGGCAAAAAGUUAGCAGAAGAGGGUAAAUAUAUUGUUUUGACAAUGGAUUUGCAAGCGGUUAAGUUGUCGCCUUAUGUUCCUGCAGGAAAACUUUACUUCAAGACAAAUUUAUGCUGUCAUAAUUUCACUAUCUAUGAUCUUGCCACAAGGGACGUCGCAUGCUAUUGGUUUUCUGAAGAUCAGAAUAGUGACUUAUGUGCAUCUACGUUUACAACGUGUAUUAUUGAUCAUUUAGAAUCCAAAUGCAUAACAGAAUCCAAAGUACCAAUUAUCAUCUACUCUGACGGAUGUGGUUUUCAAAACCGAAACAAAGUGUUGGCGAAUGCUUUGCUGAACUUGGCAAUGAAACAUGAGGUUACCAUUUACCAAAAGUAUCUUGAACUGGGGCAUACCCAAAUGGAAUGUGACUCGGUUCAUAACCUAAUUGGUCGUAAAUUAAAAAACAGAGAAAUUCUCUUACCAAGUGAUUAUUGCUCAGUGUCAAGAGAAUGUAGGGUUACUCCUAGACCUUAUGAAGUAAAGUUGCUGGAAUUUAAUUUCUUUAAAAACUAUGCAGAAACUAAACAUUUAAGAUACACUUCUCUCAGACCUGGCAAAAGAGCCUAUGAGCCAGUAAUAAAUGACAUAAGAUGUAUCAGAUACACUGCGCUGCCAACUCCUGAAAUAACUGUUAAGCUUUCCUAUGAAGAACCCUAUAUAAGUCUGCCAGUUAGGCCCAAAUCGAUCUCAGUUACUGAUUCAUACCCACCCCUGUUAAGUGCACCUAGCAAAAUUAAAAAAUCUAAAUGGGAACAUCUACAGGAACUUAAAUCGGUACUGCCUAAAGACACUCAUGCAUUUUAUGCUAAUAAGAUGUAG